AUCAUUCCUAUACAAGUUACAGUGUGGACUUCACCAUGUCUGACAGAAGUCUAGAUCCGGUACGGUACAGGGCGGCUAGUUUGAAACUGGCGAAUGGGACAGUGAUCUUUAUUGUGGGUACAGGGCGGACGUUCGCACUUUUACCGGCCACACCUACAGUGGCAGGUGAUUGCUAUGCAUCGUACCUGACAGCUAACCCGUUUUCAAUUAACGUCACAAAGACAAACAUGACACACAUUUACUGCUCGGGGUUUUGCCGCGAGAGAAACUACCCACAAGGCGGUGUUCACGGCGAAACAUGUUCGUGUCUGGAUGCGUCUGCUAGUGGACCUACAUUGACAGCAUGCACUGAACCUUGUGCAGGAAACUCUGAUGAAAUGUGUGGAGGGGCUCUACCUCCAGCUAUAAUCUUCAACGCCGUUAAUACAGACAUUGACAUUUCACAGUUAGAUAAACCAUUAACACUGGUGGAGGAAGUACACGUAAAUGGGGAGACUGAGGUGAUAUCGUACCAAUGGGCAAUGCACCUAUACGGAUUCAACGUGACGAUAGCAUCCGUCAACUUGCCGGCCUCUAUCCGUAUGGUUCUUCAUUAUCGUGCCGAACCAUGUAGUGGUACAUUAAUACCGAAUUCGACAUAUGAGAAGACUUUCAGUGUAGCUGCGGUAGAUACAUAUUUUGUACUGGAGAUGGAACCUCUACUUGUACAAUGUGUUUAUAUCUCCCUGUACGACAACAACACAGACAAUGCGACAACAUUUCCAAUAAAUAUGACGAUGAUAUCAAUUGAAAGGCACAAUUUUGUCACGGCCCAGUUCUUUACUAUCGAGGCUUCGUGGCAGACAGCUGAAGAGCAGACGACGCCCACUCCAAGUGAAGAAUGCGAGUGUGAAUGCUGGGUAUAUAAUUUGUUGUACGGAGACUCGCCCUACAACAACCUGUCCUAUAAGCAGAUUGAAGAUGCCCUAAAAAAUGUCACACAGAAGCAUGCAGUUCAAAGCGCGUCGGAACAAUUCCAGCUCAAACGUCCUUUUAUGCAACAUUCACCCCAACCCUGGACUACAGAACUUCUUGAAGAGAUAAAGGAUAUUAAACAAAAGCUAAAGAUCACGGAACAAAUUGAGAAAAUUGUGAACAGCAUUAACGUCAAAGUGUCUGAUCUGGAGUCAAAAUUGAAAUCUCUAGAUACUAGGGUUACUGAAUCAGAAAGUGCAUGCGAGCACAGCAACAAAGAAAAUGAGCAAAACAAAGCAGACAUAAAACGUGCGAAAGGUGAAAUCAAGCAGCUCAAGGAAACGUGUAGAUCUUUAGAAACGGGCUCUAAAUUAGUUUCAGAUACAAAUGAAAAAUUCGAUUCAAAAGUGAUAGACCUUGAAUCAAGGUCUAUGCGAGACAAUCUUGAUAUGGGUAAGAAUGCGUCAGUUAAAAUUCUGAUCGAUCGCGCCGCCAGAGUUGGACACUUCGGCAAAUCUAUGAAACCACGACCAAUCGUCGCUAAGUUUCACUACCCUGCAGAAAGGGAACAUAUGAGAAAAGUUCCAUUUGACUUCACGGAUCAGCUGAAUUCGGCAAAAUUAGGCAUUGGCGAACAGCUUCAGAGGGAGAUCAGGAAGGUUAGAAAACAUCUGUAA